GGUGAACAGACGUGUCAUUACGCACUGCGCUAAUAGUUACAAUUAUUGAAAAAAUAUUACUUUGCAUCGGACGAAAAAGUGUAGUGAAGCAGUCGCAAUGGGUAAAAAGAAACAGCAGAAGAUAGCACUUGAACCCACUGGUCAUAGUACUUGGAGCCAAGAAUCGGCGGCUCAAAAUCAACAGCCGCAGCAGCAACAACCAAGCUCUCGGCUACAAGAUGCUCAGCCGCAAGGUACACAGAAGUCAAAAGAACCUCAACAAGGACCGCAAGGUUCACAAAAAAAGCAAAACGGACAUCAACAACGCCCACAACGUUUACAGCCCCAAAAAGAACCUCAGCAGCAACAUAUGCAUGGUUCACAGCAAUAUCCGCAGGGUUCUCAGCAGCAAAAAGGACCUCAGCAAUAUCCGCAAGCCUGGCAGCAACAUCAAGGACCUCAGCAACGUUCGCAAGCUUUGCACCAAGAACAAGGACCUCAACAACAUCUGCAAACUUGGCAGCAGCAAGGUGGGCCUCAAGGUCCUCAGCAGCAACAUCCGCAAGGUUCUCAGCAACAAAAAGGACCUCAACAUUUUCCGAAAGGCUGGCAUCAACAACAAGGACCUCAACAACAUCUGCAAACUUGGCAGCAGCAAGGUGGGCCUCAAGGUCCUCAGCAGCAACAUCCGCAAGGUUCUCAGCAACAAAAAGGACCUCAACAUUUUCCGAAAGGCUGGCAUCAACAACAAGGACUUCAGCAACAUCCGCAAACUUGGCAGCAGCAACGUGGGCCUCAAGGUCAUCAACAGCAGCAACAUCCGCAAGGUUCUUGGCAGCAAAAAGGACCUCAACAAAAUCCGCAAGCUUUGCACCAACAUCAAGGACCUGAGCAACAUCCGCAAACCUGGCAGCAACAUCGAGGACCUGAGCAACGUCCGCAAGCUUUACACCAACAUCAAGGACCUCAGCAACAUCCGCAAGCUUUGCACCAACAACAAGGACUUCAGCAACAACAAGGGUCUCAGCAACAUCCGCAAACUUGGCAACAGCAACAAGGACCACCGAAACAGUCAAAGCAGUACAAGCAAAAAAAAGAAAAACAUCCGCAAAGCCACCGGGUGCAAGAAAAAGAUGGCCCGCCCGGGAAAAAACAUCCAGAACAUACGGCGCCUGGUGGCGGUGCGCCACACCAUGGCACAUCUGUCUCGUCUUCGAAAUCCGACAGUUCCGGCGAUGGCACCCUAGGACACACCGAGGAAAACAUCGAACGCAUCACGAAGCAAAAGCAUGGCCGAACAAACCUGCGACCGGUGUUGGUGCGCAGGGGAGCGCAAGGUACCGGCGGUACAAAGGUUACGGUAGAGGCCAAUUUCUUCCGAUUGCAGCUCGACCAGCUGAAGGAUGUGGCGUACCAUUAUGAUGUGGCGAUCGAACCGGAUCGGCCGAAAAAGUUCCUCCGUGCAGUAUUUGCUCAGUUCUGUCGGGAAAACUAUCCCGGCGCAUUGAUGGCGUACGAUGGCCAGAAGAGUGCCUACACGACCCGCAAGCUAACGGACAAGCAGGCAAAGCUGAAGUACCAACCGGCCGAUGGUGGCAAUGCGAAAGAGUACAGCGUGCAGAUGAAGGAGGUCGCCCAGCUUGAUCUGACCGUGCUUAAAACAUACAUGCAUUCGAACGAUGUCACCUUCGUCAAACCGAUGAGCGCCAUCCAGUGUCUGGAUGUGGUGUUGCGCUGCGCCUAUGAGACCAAUUCCAACUUCGUCCGGUUCAAAAAAUGUGUGUACAUGCCCGACACGAAAAACACCCGCGUCGGCGAGGUGUAUGAGCUGUGGUACGGUCUGUUCCAGUCGGCCGUGCUCGGUUCGCGGCCCUACCUCAACUUGGACGUAUCGCACAAAGCGUUCCCGUGUGCGGGCCUGCUGCUGGAUGUGAUCCGUUACCUUAACCGUGGCACCCUAGGUCAACUCGACCUGCGGGUGGUAAACAAGCUCCAAUCCUUCGUGAAGGGCAUGGACGUAAUUUACAAAAACCCAACAGGCAUUACGAGACGCAUGCGCUGCAAUGGUUUGCGCGAUCCUGCCAACAAGCAAACGUUCAGAUUGGAUGACGGGACGCGUCUCACGGUGGCGGACUAUUUCGCCCAACAUCUAAACCACCAACUAACCCAUCCCUAUCUUCCCGUCCUGCAUGUCGGCAGUACCGUGCGUUCGAUUUACGUACCGGUUGAACUGUGCGAGAUACCCGGUGGACAAACGCUGACGAAAAACCCGGACGGAUGUACGCGCGAUAUAAUCAGUUGCGCUGCAACCAACACGCAGACACGGAAGGAAAGGAUUAAGAAUCUUGCAGCACAGAUUCAGUACAACAAAUGUCCGACAUUGAAGGAUUUUGGUAUCGCGGUCGGCAACGAGUUCGAGAAGGUACCGGCCCGCAUAAUCGGUGCCCCAUCGAUCGAGUACGCGAGAAACGAAAAGAUCGCUCCGCGGUCUGGUGUCUGGCGGGCUGAGGGUAAGAAUUUUCUGCAACCCAGUACGGAACGGGCGCCGCUCCGCUGGCGUAUACUAAACCUCGACACGAAAAAUGCGAAUGAAGCCACGGUGAAGAAGUUUGGCGAAAAGUUGCAACAACAGGCUAAGAAGUGUAACGUCCGGAUGGAACCGUUCGAUAUGGGCAGUACGUACGUGUUGGUACGCAACCCCAACAAUGCUCUCCGUGACAUCGGUACACUGCUAGAAGGCAUCAAGAAGGAUAACCCUACGAUCACGAUUGUAAUACUACCGAGAUCGGGCGACGUGUACGCAAAGGUUAAACAGAAGGCAGAGCUAGCGAGCGAAAAAAUAGGGCUACUGACGCAGUGUAUAAGGAGUGAUACGGUAGCAAAAAAGGGUAAUGACGUGAGCACCCUCAACAACAUAAUUCUUAAGCUUAACGCCAAAACAAAUGGCGUCAAUCACUGCGUUGCGCAGGACGAUGUUCCGGCGUUGGGGCGCGGUAAAGUUAUGUACAUGGGUGCGGACGUCACGCAUCCACUCAGCGACGAUGCACCGAGUGUGGUUGGUGUGACAGCCUCCCACGAUUUGAUCGGGUUCCGGUACAAUCACGACGUUCGCGUGCAGCGUGCGCGUGAUGAAAUGAUCCGCGAUCUGGAGAACAUUGCACACCGGCAGCUGCUGCUGUACCAGCAACACAAUGGUGACCUGCCGGAACGCAUCAUGUACUACCGCGACGGUGUGUCGGAUGGGCAGUUUGCGGAAAUUCUUAGCGUCGAGCUGGAGGCACUGCAUGCGGCUAUAGCGCGGGCCAAACACGGCUACAAACCAGCGGUGACGUUUAUUGUCGUGCAGAAGCGCCAUCACACACGGUUCUUCCCGCACGGCAACUGUCCGUCGGAUGGCAAAAACCGUAAUGUACCGCCCGGUACGGUCGUGGACAGUGAGAUUACCUUACCGACACGGUAUGAAUUCUAUCUCGUGAGCCAUGCCUCCAUUCUGGGUGUUGCCAAACCGACCAAGUACGUUGUGCUGCACGACGAUUCGAACAGUGAGCCGGAUGAGCUGCAAACGAUGACGUACAAUCUGUGUCAUAUGUUUGCGCGUUGCAACCGGGCCGUUUCCUAUCCGGCACCGACCUACUACGCCCAUCUGGCGGCUUUCCGUGGUCGAGUGCACAUUAAGGAUCGACAUAUCGAUUUGAACAAUCUGGACGAUGCUUCCCGGAAGAUUGAAAUUAUUUCCACUGUCGCAGAUAACAAUCCCAUGUUCUUCGUUUAAGCUGCUAUAGUUACGAGAA